UAGUGUGUGGUGUUAUAACUUGUGAAACUUUAAAUAAAACGACCUGUUCACACUUGUGAGAGGAAACUAAAGUUCACGUAGCCCUUCUGAUUAUUGCUGGAUAAGUGACAAAUGAGACGGAAAUGUAACCUGUUCCCACAUAGCUUGAGUCCUGAGUCCAGACUGAUUCCAGCGUCCUGUCUCCUUGGCUGAGGAUCGAUCCCUGACGGAGUCUGCAGUCUCCCAGAGAGAACAGCGGGAUGAAGAGCGCCGCCGUGCUCCUGCUGAUGUUCUGUCUUCAUCACGUCCACUUCUCUGACGCUCAGGAGUGCCGCUCCACCCACGACCUCCUGACCUCCCUGCGUCAGGUGGAGAAGAUGCUCUCGGUCCACGAGGCUUCGUACCAGCAGGGCCUCCGCUCGCUCAGGAAGAAGAUGAGCGCUCUGCACAACAGCACCAUGGCCAUCUUUAAAACCGGAGCAACCUGCUCCAAACCAGAACUCCCCGCUAACGGGCGGAGACUGGGUCGGGUGUUUGGCAUCGGACACGAGGUCCACUUCCUGUGCAAACCAAGCUACGAGCUGAUUGGCCCGCGAACACGAGUGUGUCUGGACUCUCUGAGGUGGAGCGGACAGCAGCCCAUGUGCAGACGUUUAAACGUCAGUGGAAACUCUCUGGCCUCUUUCUCUCCUGCUUCUCCUUCCUCCUUCCCUGUCUCUGCCGCUCUGUCUUCUUCCUCUUCCUCUCCCACCUCCUCUUCCUCCUCCUCUUCCUCCUCCUCCUCCUCCUCCUCCUCCUCCUCUUCGUCCUUACUAUCUUUACCUCCUCCCUCCUCCUCCUCCUCCUCACCCACGUCCUCCCCCCCGUCCUCUGUCCGUCCCUCUCACUGCACUCACUUCCUGGGCUCCACCCGCUGCACCUGUGACGUUGGAUUCACCAUUUCAGGCCGAGACAACAACAUCUGCACAGAUAUCGACGAGUGCCUCCUGUUCCCCCUGGCUCAGCCCGGCCGGCUGUGUGUGCAUCAGUGUGUGAACACGCCCGGCAGCUUCCACUGCUUCUGCCCCGCCGGGUACGACCUGUCCAGAGACACUCGCAGCUGCACAGACGUGGAUGAGUGUGAGAACCGGAUGCACAACUGCUCAGCAGACCAGGUGUGUGUGAACACUUUCGGAGGUUUCCAGUGUGUGAAGGUGGAGUGUCCUCAAAUGAAGAACGCCACGUACAUCAAGACGUCAUCGAUGCGCUGUGAGAGGAACCCCUGCAUGUCCGGAGACAAGUCGUGCUCUCAGGCUCCGAACUCCAUCUCCUUCCACUUCCUGUCUGUGGUUUCCAACAUGGCCGCCCCCCGUGUCCUCUUCCGUGUGUCGGCGGCUCGAGUCCUUGGCGACACGCUUCGUUUCGGGUUGGCUGGCGGUCGAGGGCGAGGUCAUUUCAGCGUCCAGCGCUCAGGAAGACAGACGGGGACCCUUUUGUUGGUGACACCCAUCGAGGGUCCAUCCACUCUGGAGGCCGAAGUGGAGAUGAGCGAACUGGAGAGGAACCAGCUGCUGGGGCGAUACCUCACCAAGGUCACGCUGUUCGUCUCUCCGUACACAUUUUAGAGGGAGGAAACAUUCAUUUUGGGGGCGUUCAAUGUUUGUCAGUAUUUACCAGAGUUUGGAGUUUUUAAUAAACAAAAUAUUUAUUUAAAAAGAUCAAAAACAUUGAUCUUAUACUACGAAUAGUAAUUCGUAGCGGGAGACACCAUUAAUUUUGUA